UGGUGAUCGCCCCGGGACCAGAGGUACCAUGGUGGACAAGAAGUGGCUGUUAAGUCCUGGGCCACUGGAACCAACCCCUGGGCAUGAACACAAGCCCUGGUACAAAGACAGGUUACCUUCCAAGUGUUUCGCAAAGCACAAGAACAAGCUUCUCAAGUUCCCCACCACCCUGGACAGCCGGCGGUGGAUAUUUGUGAAAGAGGGGCUGGACGACUUCAGGAGGGGAUGUCCACCUUGUGAGGAUCUGAUCACACGUGGCCCUAAGGAAGGCUUUCUUCCCAUGAUUGCUCACAGAGUUCUCAAACCUGCCCUCACAAAGAAUCAGAAAAAGCUGAUCCACAAAGCAGACCUGUUCUCCACACUGUCGCCAGCCCAGCUAGCACGGAAGGCAUUCGUAGAGGAUAUCGAAGACCACCUGACCGAGCAUCCCUUGGCUCUCUGCCCAAGUCUGGAGAACGAUCUACCUCCAGACCUCUUAUUAAAGGUGCUGGAAGUGCUCGAUCCUGACAAGAAGCUGAAGGACACAUGGGCUUAUCGUCAGAACACCAAGAAAAGAAUGAAGCCCCCCACAAAGCUUAGUGAGAAAUGUCCUACCAAAGUCAACCCGGAACUUCCCAAGAAGACUCCUGGGUCACAUCCAGACAAGUUACCUCAUGAAGAAAGGAGGUCAAGCACAAAGGAUUUGCUCAAAAAUCCUCCUCUUCAUAGAAAAGUACCGACAGGAGUCCAGAAAUUCUGCAAAUGUGUUGCUACUUUUGGAGACUUGGGCAUUGACGAAGAAUUCAUCAUGAAACAGUUUGACAUUGGCUAUGAAUGCAAACCAACCUAUGACAUGAGCCACACGAAGAAAGGAAACCAUGUUCCUUUGGACCUAAAGUACAGAAUGGGGCUAGAUAAAAUGGAUAAUAUAAAAUUCAUAUAGUGGGAAAAUUGGGAGAGGAAACUCAAGACACCACAGAAUCCUUACAAACCCAACUGGGUGAAGAUGAGGUAUGGAGCAUGGUACCUGAAGCCCAAGUUGUGGAAAAAGCUAACAAAUGAUGAACCUUUGAUUGAUCCCAAGGUCUUACAUGAGGCUCAAGAUGGGAGAUAUGGAAAGAAUUUUCCUGAACAGGAUAUUCUUGAAGAUCUUUAUGGAACAAUUGCUUUUAAAGAUUUUAUUCUAAGCAAGGGCUAUAGGAUGCCAGGCUUCCUUGAGAAGUUGUUCACCUGGAAGGGGUGGAAACAUGAUUCUGUUAGGACUCCUAUACACCAAGUAAAAAUAAACUCAAAUGUAGAAGAAGAUGCACAUGAAGAUGUUUAAACAGUUUUCUACUUACUUGAUAUCUCUCUCAUUUAAACAUCAAGUAGAAUUCAUG